AUGAAGCACGCAUUUCACACGACUUUGACCCCUGAACCUUUAUUGAAUGUACCGCACUCAUUCGAAUUUGAAAGAGCAGCACAAGACUUCUACGAACGAUGCUUCAUGCCUCUUCUCUAUCAUGAAUUAUGGGAGAGCAUCAUCGAUGACGCCAAGCCGCUGAUAUCCAAUGAGUUAUUCAAUAGAGAUGGUGACAUCAUCAUUCAAAUCAGAAGAUAUGAACCGCAAGAAACACAACCCACACAUCACUCUGAAAAAGUUAUCCCAACAACUCUGAUUUUCGGAUCAUAUUCUUUCGACAUCGAUUUUUCAUUUACUCGAAUAUUUCCUAAGCUUGGUCUUGGAGAUAUUGUUCUGAUUAAUAUUAAACUUCCAAGUCAACAAAAAAGUUUCUUUGCUAUUAUCGUUCACACCUUUGACCGAUGGCCGGAAAAUGUCGAAGUAAGUUCGAGUGACAAGAUCGUCAAGGUCCAAUCCGACAUUGUCCUUUACACUUCAAAAAAGUGUUCAGAUGCCAUCACAAAAAUUUGCAAUCCUUCACCACGGGAAAUUUCUGUCACUAAGCUGAGCAAUUUGACAUCAUGUCGAAGACAGAUUAGUGCUGUUUUCAAUUUGCCAAAGUUCGAAAAGCAGACAAGUAUGUUGAUGCCGGAUGAUACGGAUCCCUAUUUUCAACAUAUAAACAUUCGAAAUAAUGAACAUAUCAAUGGAGACUUUAACGAGAAUCAAAGAGAUGUUAUUAGAUAUGCAAUACAGAUGUUCAAUGAAAAUAACAGUAGCCAUAUGCAUCUUGUUCAUGGUCCACCAGGCACUGGGAAAAGUAAAACCAUUGCCGGUGUUGUCAUUACUCUUAUACCGCUGUUAAAAAAAGACCAAAAAAUUUUACUCUGUGCACCAUCAAAUAAUGCCUGUGAUGAAUUGUUCAAACGAGUAUUAGAUGAACUGGAUCCAGACGACAAAGAAGAUAAACUGGUUCGAGUUGGUCGUGAAGCACCUCUUGACUAUAAUGUUUGUGAAUACUUUCUCGAAUCAUUAACUAUGAAACGACUCGUUCAAAUGAUGCGCAACGACGAACCACGAAUCAACCAGCGAGUAGAUUCUAUCAAAGAAGGCAUUCUACAAAGCGCGAAAGUUAUCGUUUCGACACUGAAUUACUCGGCUAAUAACACUCUCGUUCACAUGAAGAUGAGAAAAAAUGUCGAAUUCAUUAUUAUCGAUGAAGCUUGUCAAAGUCUUGAGCCAGAUUGUCUGUUACCGUUCUACUUUGGUUGCUCGAAAAUUAUACUAGUAGGUGAUCCCAAACAACUUCCUCCCUGCGUUCUUAGUCCUGCUGGUCAACGGCAUAAUCUUUCACAAUCGCUUUAUACCAGACUUUAUGAUUUGAUCUCCAACGAAAAUGUAACCAUGCUAACCAAACAGUAUCGUAUGCAUGACGAAAUAAGUCGCUUUCCCAAUGAGCAUUUCUAUAACGGUAACUUAGAAACAGACGAGAGUGUAAUGAAUUAUUGGCCUGAUUAUCCUAUGGAACCUUACUAUUUAUAUAAUUUGACUUACACGCGUCAUACAUGUCCUCCUAAUGGCGGUUCAUCGAAUAACAAGGAAGAGCGAAUCUUCAUUAAAAAGUUCUGCAUUAAACUACUUGAACGUCUUGCCAAUCGACAACCUUAUGUGAAAGAUGUUGAAGAAUUUAUCGAAAUAGAGAAACGUAUCGUUGUUAUUACGCCAUACAAGAGUCAAAUGACUAAAUUUCGCGAACGAUCACUUGAAUUUCCACGCCAUAUAGAAGUUCUUACUGUUGAUAGUGCACAAGGAAAAGAAAAGGACAUCGUUCUAAUAUCGUGCGUAAGAAGCGGAAACUCCAACUAUGGCGAAACCAUUGGAUUCUUGAGUGAUGAACAUCGCUUAAACGUCAUGUUGACACGUGCAAGACGUGCCCUCUAUAUAUUUGGUAAUCUAACUUGGAUAGCCGAAGGAAGUCCUCAUUGGGAAGCAUUGGUCGAUGAUGCAACGCGUCGACAAGUCAUAACUACUAUACAAAAUAAUUCUCAAGAAAUAGCGUUGCCUCUCCCGUGA